UCGAGAAACGGAUCAUUCUAACGCAAUAUUUCAGCGAAAGCUAAGGGAAAAAAAUCAAUUCUCCGCGUAAUAACGUGUCAUCACAGUGUAGCUUUGACCUUUCCGGUUCGUGUAGCAUAAAGUUCUUGAGUUUCAAGCGAAGAAAAUUCCAAUUUUUUAUUAUUUUUUAUUAAAAGUAACUCGACACUAAAGCCGCGUGCAAAAAUGAAUGAAUGCGCAGUGUGUUACAAAGAGUCGGAACUAUUGUGUCAGCGAUGCAGAAUUCCGUAUUGUUCGAGAAGAUGUCAAGCUGAAGAUUGGCCCGAACACAAAGCCACAUGCAUUCCCAUGCCACUUCUGGUUGCUGUGAAAAAGCCCGAGUCGUCGAAUUCCAAGCACCAACUGAACGAAUCAGUCUCGAGCGUGUCGCGAAGACUGAAGCGCUACGAAAACAAUUCGGAGCAGACACUGAAGCAACAAGGGAAUGUAUCAGAGUCGAAAAUGCCCGAGUCGCCGAAAUCAAAGCACCAACUGAACGAAUCAGAUUCGAACGUGUCGCAAAGACUGAAGCGCUACGCAAACGAUUCGGAGCAGACACCGAAGCAACAAGGGAAUGUACCAGAAUCGAAUCUGUUGCAGAAACCCAAGCAAGAAGCUCCUGAAGAAGAAGCGACAUUGAGACUUCUGGUUGCUGUGAAAAAGCCCGAGUCGUCGAAUUCCAAGCACCAACUGAACGAAUCAGUCUCGAGCGUGUCGCGAAGACUGAAGCGCUACGAAAACGAUUCGGAGCAGACACUGAAGCAACAAGGGAAUGUACCAGAAUCGAAUCUGUUGCAGAAACCCAAGCAAGAAGCUCCUGAAGAAGAAGCGACAUUGAGACCACCAAAAACCAAACUACCGAGUGAUAUUAUGUCGCAGGCCGACACCAAAGACGCGACAUCAUUGUUCGACAACCCCUUCAAGCGGAACAGUCAGAACAUCGGAUUUAAUACCAAUGACAACCAGAACAGACUUUCGUGUCCUGCUGCUAGAAUACCAUCGUCAAAUCAAACUAAGAAAUCAGAAGCACAACCAACUCCUGGAGAGUCCGAUCAUAAGCCAGCAAUUAUAAGCGAAACUGCUUUUCCUGCUGCUCUUAAAUCGUCAGUGGACGAUGAAACCGAGAAAGCAGAAAUCAUUACGCAGGAUUCUUUCCAAAAUCUUUCGUUGAACGAAAAGAAAGUAGAAGUGGUCGAGACAGAACAAGCUGUCGAAUCAAAGAAAGAGAUUUUCACCGUGAAUGACAUUGAAAUUGUCCCUCUAAUACCCGACAAAAAAAUUGUCUGCUUGGACGCCAGCCACAUCGAGGAAGGUUACGUGUCAGCGUGUCUCAAUGACGGAAAAGCUGUUGCAUUUAUUGACCGCAUGAGUUCCAAAAUCGGUGAAUAUUGCGUGAGCCAAACAAAUGGUUUUUAUCGCCCACAGACCGGCGAGGUAUGUCUGUGCUUGUUCGAUGAGGACAACGAAUGGUAUCGGGCUGUUGUCAUGAACACGAUUGAUGCGGAUUAUUUUGAAAUUAAUUUCAUCGACUUCGGAAACUCGUCGACCGUAUGCAGCGAAAACAUUCGAAAGAUGCCACGAAAAUUUUUGCAUCCUUGUUUGGUGAACAAGUGUUACAUCCGAGACUUUGAUGAUGCAUCAAUCGAGACAAAAUUUAAAAUCGAAAAGUUCUUCUCGACAAAUACGAUCUUUGAGGUGAAGAAUAUGGUGCCGUUGGCGCGUGGCGUAUACGCCUUCGAAUUGGACUGUUAGACCGUACAGAACGAAAAUGUAUUUCUAGCCGUUUUUCCGGACAAUUGUUGAAAUAAUUUACAUUGUAAAUGAAAAUGAAAUCUUAAAAAAAAGGGUUGAGCAAACAGACCGAUGACUGUAAUUCUAUGCAGUUGAUAUAAAUAAACUAUCGUUUCUACCAAAUCGUU